AGUGCAUACCAUCCUUAGGUGUAGGGGGCAUUUCCGCGGUGGUUGCAGUGUUCACCGCUAGGUGGCGCAUUGUCGUGGGUAUUUUUCUCCGCUUUGUGGUUGGUGUCUUCGCUUGGUGGGUCAACUUACUGUAGGGGGGAAUUCACGGCGGUCGAAUUCCACACGGCGCGUAGUUUCCGUUUGUUUAUACUCUCUUGUCAAAAAUUGUACACAAAUUCGUAAAAACCGUUGCUAAUCGCUCACGACUUUUAAUAUGAUUUGCUCGACUUUUAAUGAUUUUGCUCGUCAAUCUUAAAUAAUUAUACAAAUAGUAAAAGUUUAAACAUGGAUCUAGAUGCACUCCAUUCUGACCUACGCAAACGGCUAGACGUUCUGGGAUUCAAUCACCCUCUGCCGCUCGGUGCUAUUGGGAUCGUAUCUGCAAUACUGGAUGACUUGAUUAAAACAUCUGAAAAAUUGAAAGCAGCUCGGCAGCAGAUCCAACAACUGCAGCAGGAAAAAGUCGCCUGGGACCUCGGAGUGGAACCGUACAAGUGUGAUAAUUCGCGUUUGCUGGCCGAGUGUAACGGUUUGCAUCUGGAGCUAGUCAAACAGCGGGAUAAGUUUGUACUGGCCAAUACGGAGCUGAAGUGUAGGGUGCGGAAUUUACAAACCGACAAGAAGCAACUAGAGGAACGAUGCUUGCAGGCUGAGACAAAAAUCCGGGAGCUUCAAAGUGCUGACUGGAAAUCGAAAAAGGAUGGUGUAAAUAUGCAACGAAAACCUUUCGUAUCGACGGUGAGACCCGGUUAUUAUCAACCGCCGAAGUGUUGUGAUUCCCAACAGCCUAAAAACAGGUGUGAGUGUCCAUGUAAUCAGCCUCGUAAGACGGAGAUUAUGCACGAGAUUGAACGGUUGCAGGUCGAAACGAAGAACCAGACGGAGGUCAUUGAGGCUUACAAAAAACAGAUCGAUUAUCGGGAUCGAGAAAUCCAACGACUGGGAGCACUAUUUGCUGGGGGUCGUCCUACUACUGCACUGGCGAAGGACUGCUGCUAUCGCAGCGUGAAUUCGUUAGCCGAAGACGUUGGGAAGCUUCAGGAGGAGAAGGUAUCGAUCCAGAACAAGCUGACCGAUGCGUGGGAGAGUCAGCAAAAUGCUAGCAAAAAAAUCCAAAAACUGUCCGAGCGUAACAAACAGCUCGAACAGGAGCUAAAAGAAAUUGAAAAUGUUGCCUUGAAUGUAGAGUCGGAGGCAAAUUUACAUAUUCUAGACAGGGAUAGGCAUAAUUCUGAUUUGCAAAUCCAAUUACACCAGUCGAAUAUGCGCAUUAAGGAGUUGGAAACGAUACUCGAAGCGAAAUCAGUAGCUCUGACACCGAGUAGCUCUUUGGCUUCUGCUAGUUCGAUGGAUUCUGUACUGCAGAAUGCUCUGAAACAAGCAAGUGAAGAGAAGCGCGCCUUGUACAAGCAGUUGAACGAGCUAAAGCAACGGGAACAAACAUUCCUAAACGACUACGAAAAAAUCAAAACAAAAUAUUCAAAGUUGAAAUUGAAACUGUCCAGUCAAACCGUGCAUAGCAAAGAAAACAACCAAGAUUGUACUGAACUUGUCGAAAUGAAACAGAAGUUGGAAGACUCUCUGAAUAAUGUAAAAUCUGAACGAGAUCAGCUUAGCAAUGAGUUAAAAUCGCUACGUGACACAAAUACGAAGCUUAGAAAUGAAGCGACUGAGAAAGAUGUCCGUAUAGCCCAACUUGAAAGUGAAGCUCACCUGCAGAAGAAAACUAGUACAGCUAAUGCUGGACGCUUACGGACGGCAGAUUCAGCCAUUUCCGCUCAAUCCUCGCUUUCCGUUCAAUCUGCUUUUCACCGCGUGGAACGCGAGAGGGAUGCGGCUAAGAGAGAAGCACAACAGCUGGAAAUUGAAAGGGAUUCGCUGAGGAACAAAUUACAGCUAGCCACCAAGAGUCAAAUCGAUGAACAAACAAAACGCGAGGAAGUGAUCAUUAGUUACAGUUCACAGAUCGCCAAAUUAGAGGCCGAAAAACGAGAUUUGUUAUGUGGUCAAAACUCGUCUCAGACAAGUUUGCACCUGCUUCGAGAGGAAAAUCGUGAAUUGCAGGAGCGGCUGAAAGAUGUGGAAAAUGGUUUCAGCAAACUUAGGGUUUCGCACUCACAGUUGAAAAUGUUGCAUGAACAAACGGAAAGAGCCCUAGCGCAGCAGCAGAAUCGAUUAAUGUGUUCGGAAAAUCAGUUGGGUAGUGCUGAGGCGAAACUAAAUCAGGUGGACGGUACCAUUGAAAGUGCCACUAAAGAUAUUGGGAAGCUGAAGGGCGAUAUUAGUGUCCUCAAGGCUUCUAACGCAUCUUUGCAGCGAGAGAAAGACAAACUGUUGAUGGAGCUUGACAAGAAAACCGAGAAGUUAUACACAGUGGAAACAGAAUUAAGCAAAGUAAAAUCGAACACAACCGAAAUGGGAAACACCAUCGAUAGGUUACAGAAAAAACUCGAAAACGCUAGCGUAGACAACAUCCACAAGGAGAGCACACUGCGAAACGUUACAUCGGAGAGUGACACGCUGAAGAAACAGGUGGCGACACUAAAGCGUUCGCAUGACAACGCUGUUGCUGAAAACGGUCGUCUGUCGGGCGAAUUGAGUGAUGCCGUUUCGGAGCACACGUUAACAAAGCGUAAGCUCGCCGAAUGUCAGCAGGAGGUAGAGCGGAUGAAGUCACAAUUACGCGAGUACGUUCAGGAAAUUCAGCGUGCAGAGGACUUGUUGUGUAUCAAGGAAAAAGAACGCGAGGAAAUGCUGGAGCAUUAUAAAUCACUUUCCGAUGGGGUCAACAUGCUGGAAGUUAGCAAUCACACGUUGGAAGUUGAAAGUGCAGAAGCCAAAAAACUGUUACAGGAAGCGGAAGAUCGAGUCAGCAGACUGCAGGAGCAGGUUGAACUUCGCCAGUCGGAAAUAAGAACGUACGAGCGUCAGAUUAAUGACCUGUCAGCAAGCAUAAUUUCGCUCGAAGAGGAAAUUGAAUGCAUUAAAGAAGAAAACGCCAAUCUUCGGCAAGAUUUGGAAGCUACUAAAGACCUCUGUAGUAAGCUGGAUCUCCAGAAGGAUAGAUUGAAGGAAGAGCUAAAUGAACACUCAACUAUACGUGAGCAGUUGAACAAGGAAAACGACACGCUAAAACGGCAACUCUCGCUGGCUAAAACUGGCGACAAGGCGGCCGUGGAUGGACUACAAGAAUUGCUAGCUGCCAGUCGAUCAGAAGUCGAACAACAGAGAAUAAUAACCGGUCAAUUGAAUAAGGAGGUAAAUUCUCUGAAGGCACGGGUGGAAGAAUUAACUAAAAAACUAACCAUAGAACGAGACAAUUCAAAGAGAAAUGAAGCGCUGGCGAAUGAGUACAGUGUUCAACUGCAAGAGUUGAGACGAAUGAUUACCGAUGACCGAUUUGCACAGGUGCAAUCAAGGGAGGAUGAUGACUAUAAUAGAAUGAAGAUCUAUUUGGACACUGCUGAAACCGGUUUGAAGCUUGAUAAUGUGUUGAAGCUAGAUGAAAGUCAUUCUUCAGAAUUUCUUUCUAAUUCAAUAAUAUCCGAAAUUCCUGAACCACUCGAGCCUCUUGCUUUGGCAUUAAAUUGUUUAGAUGUUCGGAAUGAAAACCUGUCCAUCCCAAGGACAAUUUGCAGUGAGUCUUACCUUAACAUUGUAGAGCGGAUUGUACAAAAAGGUCAAACGGGUUUCUCCGAGCCCGAGACUCUUGAAAUACUGGAUAGAUAUCAGAUACGUUCCCGAGGAUCCCAAUUUGCGAAAAGAGACAGUUCGGUUAUAAAUACCGUUGAAGAGAAGUCACAUGAGCCAAUGAACAAUCAGUUCACCGACGGAGCUGGACUUAUAAUCACUGAGAAAAGUUCGGAAGAGAAGAGGAAAAACGUUGGAUUGCCAAAUCGAUCUGAGUUGGUUGAAUCGCAUCUAGAACAAACAAAUAGUGGAUCUGAUACAUCGUAUGUUACAAGCAAUUCGUUUGAACAUAGUAAAAGUCAAGGGAAUUUGAAUAACAAGACCAACUAUUCUGAAGAAAAAAUGAGUAGUACAACUUGUCAAAAGAUACCUAUCAUUAAGGUGGAAGAUGAAACCUCCAAUUUGCUGAAUGAGAAAAAGAAGCUAGUUGAGAAUAAAACAACCCAACGUUCGACAAAACAACCUAAAGCACCCAAGGGAUGGAGAAUUUCGCAAUAUGCUAGGAAGGAAAGUUCCUCCAAACCUUCUCAAGUGUCUAGCAGCACCAGCGAAAGAGAUUCUUUGAAAAAAAAUGCAAGUGAUCAACAAAAAAGUUCGUCUGGGGCAGAAGCACAGGAUAGCAAGCUCAAGACGUCACUUCCGAAACGUGAAAAAGUUGCCAAAAGAAACUCAUUUACUUCUUCGCCAGUGAAACGUACUAGUGUAGUAGACCUUGUAACACACGCACCGUCCGAUUCCGUUAUUCGAGACAAUAGUAACCGUGAUGGCACCAUCCCCGAAAUUGAAUCAAUUGUGGAACCGAAACCAAUGUUGUCUAGAAAUGAAUCGUGUAUGAAUUUAAGAUCGUCCUUCACACUGGAUAAAGGCGAUGAGCCCUCAAUGUUUCAACUGCCGAAUCACCACGAGAUGAGUUAUGAACAGUUCAGGCAAAGUUUCAGAAAAAGACCAUCUACUGGAGCAGAUUCCACUCGAGCGAACAGCAGCGCUUUAGAGCAGCAAGAUUUGUCUAUGUCUAGCCCGGUACCGAAAAUUGUCAACCGUCGAUCGCCUGUAAAAUCGAACCACAGCAAGAAAGCCUCAAAUACAAGCAUAUCAAGAAAGGAACCGGGUGGAUGUGCACAGCUGACCACUGGCAAAAAUAAUGGUGGCGGGUCAAUAGCUAUCGUUUAUAAAAAUGCACUGGGCGAUCGGUUUAUACUGGCCGACGACAAGCAGGAUAAUGGUCCUGAUUGCACGACUGCACGAGGCAGUAUAAUGGUAAUUGACGAUUUGCGACGACCUAAAAUGCCAAUUAGGACACCGAAGGCGUCGGCCGGAAAAGCUUCAUCCUCUGCCACCAGACUGAGAAAGGAUAUCCAACAGACUCCCACUGGAAGACGCAGUAAUGAGAGCAUCACUACUACUUUCGGUAGUGGUAGGUGUGAGCAAAGAAAAUGGGGAGAGAUUUUGCAACGAAACCCGAGCCCAUCAAGACGGCAGCAGACAAACGAGAAUCGUGUCUCGUCCCUAUCAGGAAUAACUAACGACCGGAUAACGACGAUAAAUUAUGAAAUACUUAACACCAGAGGAGAGAGGAGCAGCGGCAGCGUGGAAGCUGUUGAAGUGAUUCAAAGUGGGCAAAUGCCUCCCAGGUUGCAACCAAUUACAUCAACUGACAACGGCGCCGGUUUGGCGCCAGAGGUGCAGCUCAGCGGUGAUUCCAAGAUGUACGUGCUGAACUUUAAGAUUAAGGUACCGGCUGACAAUGGGAAAGGGACAGAACAGGCAAAAAAUUGAAACUAAUAAGUAAUGGUAGGCUUUUGUCGUUGUAUUUUAUAGCGAUCUUGAGGAAUGGUAGCGGGCGCUAAUUUUUCAUUGCGUUGUUCGAAUCAGUGAAGAAUAUAUUUUUUAAAACUUUUUACCUUUUCUACUU